AUGCACUCCUCCUUCACGCGGAUCCAGAACGUCUUCGGCUUCUUCACCACCGUCGCCUGCGUCUUCGGCGCCUUCAUUGCCGCGACGGACCUCUUCGCCGCCCGCAACCCCAGCGGCACCAUCACGCCCCAGAACAUCCAAGUCGUCAAGGGCCGGCCGCACUACUACUCGUCCAAGAAGGAAGAGUACGCCAUCAUCAGGUUCUCGCUCGACGCCGAUCUGUCCUCGCUCUUCACGUGGAACACGAAACAGCUCUUCGUCUACAUCACGGCCGACUGGCCCAGCGACGCGGCCCAGAAUGCCACCAACUCGGCCGUCAUCUGGGAUAGCAUCAUCACGAACCCCAGCGCCGACCACCUCCGUAACAUCGGCCCCAUCGCCAUGAAGAAGCUCAAGAAGAGUGCCGAGGGCAAGACCAUUGACCCGAGCCGCGGCCUUCUCAAGCUCAAGAACCAAAAACCAAAGUACCAAAUCACCCACCCGAGCGGGAAGCUCGCCAAUGCGCAAGACGUCACCCUCAAGCUGCACUACAACAUUCAGCCUUGGGUCGGCCUCCUCACUUGGGACAUGGACAUGGACAUUGGCCUCUGGAAGACCAUGGCCGGCGGCUUGAGCGAACCCUUCACCCUCCCCGCCAUCAAGACCAAGUCUACGGGCAAAAAGUAG